CAAGAGUUGCGAGGCAAACGACUAGUCACAUGAUCAACAGCCAAAGAUCUGUUUACAAACCAGAAAGAGAGAAAGAAAGAGAGAAAGAAAAAAGAGUGAGAGAGGCAGGAAUAGCAGCAGCAAUAGCAGAAGCAGCAGUGGAGGAUAGAAGCCGAUUUCUAGUCCACCAUUAUGGAUUGACAACGAAGAGGGAACCCUAGAACCAUGACAAGGCCAGCUGGAGUUACCAUGAAGAUGACAUUGUCAAUGUUGACAGAGGAGAAGCACACAUGAGUACUGCAGCACUCCCAAUACCAAAUCUCCCAAUCCUAACUCCGGGAGCUAAUCCAGAUUGGGAUAUGUUGCACGUGGACUGCUGAGUGGACACAACCGCACGGCCAGGAUUUGCAGAAUCUCCUUCUCGGAUCGGAUUGAAUCUUCAUGCUUAUAUCUCCUGACGAUCCACCACAACCUCCAACCGCUCCGCCGUCUCCACUUAGCCCAAGCUGUGACUGAUUUUUGGGGGGGUUUACAAUCUCUGGGCGUCAGGUUCGCCCGGUGGCUUGGUCCCGAUCCCAGGUCCGGCCUUCUCUCAACAGGGCCUGGAUUUACUGGUGCAGCCCAUGGGAGUUCCGAUUUCAUGCAACCAUUCCAAUGGUGUAACGUAUGUUUAGGUCUCCGGCACUCUGAUCAGUACUGCGGACUUAGCACCGAUGACAUCCCGAUGGACACCACGUACCGCCUGCCGCUCAACGUCUACGUCAUAGUGCUGGGCAUCGGCCUGUUCGUCUUCAUGCUCAGCCUCAUCUUCUGCUGCUACCUCUUCAGGUUGAAACAGCAAGGCACAAGGGAGCAGUUCAGCUACAAUGAGGUCGUUCUUAAAGGGGCAAGCAAGAAGCUGAGCCUUCUAGGACAAACAUGUGCAGUAUGUCUGGAAGAGUUUCGGACCAGAGAUGAGCUAGCCGUGUGUCCGUGUUCGCAUGCAUUUCACAAGAAGUGCCUGCUAAAGUGGCUGGAGAUCCGAAGCGUGUGCCCAAUGUGCAACAAGCCCAUUCUGAGGCUCCACCCGGACCCCACGCCGGGAGCAGAGGGGCCACAGGACCCAGAGGAGGUGUGAUGGGCCGGAGAUACCGGGACACCCACGUGUAAAUGUACUUGGCAAAUAGAGGUGAUUCUGACACACACAUUUACACACAAUGGAAUGGAUGAUGGUCAUCUUAUGGACACGACGGUCAUCUUAUAGACAUCACAAAAGGGUUGAUCGUAUUCUCAAAGUGGCUCCUUUGGUACUGGUCUUUCACUGAGCAUUGGCAAUAUGGUUGGGUUUGUGGGACUGUACAUCGAUGCUGAUUAUACCGAUCCAGGCCUUUCAGAUCGUCAAAACUAAGUCAUUGAUGACUGAGGGACAGGACACAUAGGAAUGCCUUAGGAUUGGACACAACUGGUUUGGCAGUGGCUCUUAAGAAAGAAAAAAAGAUGACCCUGUGAGAUAGUGUAAGGGUCUGGAAUUUAGCCCUAUUAGCACAGCAAUGGGGCUCCCUCUAAAUAAUGACAUGGGGGGGAUCAUUUUGGUCUCUCUUGGGUUAGUAGCGGGGCUUUAUAUUGGCCCCGGUAGAUCAUUCAGAAUGGGAAAGGGUGCCACUUUAGAAUACAGAGUUCUGCCCGUCAUUGGACAACGCCUGGUACAACACUGCCAGAUAGAGCCAAUCACAAGCUACACGUCAGGCAUUCUGAGGUUGUCAUUGGUGAAAAAUCAGGAUCGAUAUGAAUGGAUACCUCUCACAUCUCAGGGGUGUUACAAUACAAGCCAGCACAAACACAACAUGGGAAGAAAAAAAAAAA